UUCAUACAGAGCUCAUUUUGCGCCCAAAUCAAGCCUCAAAACCCAAAAAGACCCGAAAUUAUUAAAAUUUUAUGGAAAAUCAUUUUUUGACAAAACAUUACAAAAACUCGUAAAUGUGAUUGAAAUUUCAAAACAAAAAGCAUUUUUUUAAUUUAUUCAAAACCAAAAAUCUCAAAAACCUCCGAAAAAAUGUCUCACAUGAAAUACGACGACGUCAGUAUGCAACAACGGUACAUCGAGAAGGCCCAACGUUCGUCAAAUCCCCUGAAAGAGACUUCCGAAGGCACCAAAUUCGCAGAAUUCCAACACAAUGACACGCAUUUCACGAUUCAAUGCAAGCUGAAAUCCGAAUUAGACUCAAAAGUCACAAAAUGGGCCUUUAAAUUGGCGGAAAAGAAUGUCGGAAAUUAUUUUAAGAACUGCAAGGAGGGAUGGCAGCCCAAAAUUAAACAAAAUGAUUUGAACAAGAAUUGGGCAAGGUAUUUAAUUGCCACAGACAAAGCGACGAAGAAAAAUGUAGCUUAUGCGAUGUUCCGGUUUGACUUGGAUUACGGCUCAAGUGUCUUGUAUUGCUAUGAAUUGCAAGUCGAAAGCGAAUAUCAGAGAAAAGGUCUCGGAGCGUUCAUGAUGAAAGCCCUCGAAUGCAUCGCGGAGCAUUUUAAGAUGGAAAAAUUGGUAUUAACUGUUUUGAAGAACAAUCCAGAUGCCUGUCGAUUUUACGAUAAACUCGGUUACAAAAAGGACGAAACCUCACCGGAUGACGAAGCAUACGAGAUUUUGAGCAAAGUUUUCAUUGAAAAUCAAAACUCGACUGAACGACAUGCUCUCGCUUAAUUAAGAUUUUUUCGAAAUUUAAAUAGAAUUGUUGUAACUUUAACGUUUGUUCCCAAUAAAAAAAGAGGAAU